AUGAACAUGUUCAAGCGCAGCAAAGACAAGGACAAAGACAAGCCCAAAAGUCCCAAGGCAAGGUCGCUCGGAGAUGAGAAUGUCGAAGGGGAGAAAGAUGGCAAGACCUCUAUGACCGACAAACUCACAACUUAUACGAAAACCUACCUGAAGCAAGCUCAGUCAUGGACAGCCAAGGAAGCCAGUGAUGCGAAGAAGGAACUGCAGAAAGCCGCCGGUCUGGGAGAGAGGCCGAAUGUUGUCCCCGAGGGCGAAGCGCUCGUUACCGGCGAGCCCAGGACCGUGGAGUUGGGUUGGCAUCCCGUAGCAGGCGCAACCGGGAAAUGGUUCGCCGAGAAGACGGUGAUUGGUAAACAGAUCAGCCAGAAGAUUGGCCACUACCCAGACCCGACACAGCAUUGGGCUGUGAUUGUUGGUGACUAUGUGCAUCAGCUAUGGAUGGAUAACAAUCUCGACAUCAUAUACAUCAACGAGAAACUCAACCGCGACGACUGGCAUCUCUUCGAAGUCGGCAAAACACGCUUCAAUGACCAAGCUCUUUACGAAGCCAGCCGCAUGACCAUCCACAACAUGCGUGAAAAGCGCCCCGCAUACAAUCUCAUCAGCAACAACUGCCAAAACUUCGCCGUCGAGCUACUUAAAGCCAUCCAAGUCGGCGCCCAUCGCGAAUUCGGCACCACAUUUGCCAUAUAUCAGCGCGCCACUGGUAAAGGCGCGAUUAGGGAUCUCUUCGCCGGACAACCAGAAGCCGAUCCGCCACAAUUGCAGGAUGAUGAAGCGGAGAUGCCGCCGCCGAAGAGACAGGACACUUUGAGUUUCGCACAGCAGGUCAUUGAUGACAAUACCGCGAGGUUGAAUUAUGAAGGCGAUCCGAGAGACAUGAAAGAUUAUCUGCUGCGCAGGUGA